AUGGAGUGUGCAAACGAGACUGUGGUGAGGGAGUUUGUCUUUCUUGGCUUCUCGUCUCUGGCCGAGCUGCAGCUGCUGCUCUUCAUCGUCUUCCUGCUCCUCUAUUUGUUUACUCUGAGCACCAAUGCUGUGAUCGUCUCCACCAUUGUGCUAGAGAGGGCCCUUCACACCCCCAUGUACUUCUUCCUUUCUGUCCUCUCCUGUUCGGAGACCUGCUACACCUUUGUCAUUGUGCCCAAGAUGCUGGUUGACUUGCUGGCUCGGAAGAAGAGCAUCUCGUUCCUCGGCUGCGCCAUCCAAAUGUUCGCCUUCCUCUUCCUCGGUUGCUCCCACUCCUUCCUGCUGGCAGUCAUGGGUUAUGAUCGCUAUGUGGCCAUUUGCCACCCUCUGCGAUACACAGUGCUCAUGGGGCACAGGGUAUGCGUGGGGCUCGUAGCUGCUGCCUCUGUCUGCGGCUUCACUGUAGCACAAGUUAUCACACCCUUGGUGUUCCGCCUACCCUUCCAGACCUCCAACCAACUCCGUCACUUUUUCUGCGACAUCUCCCCGGUCCUCCAGUCGGCAUGCCAUCAUGCCCACUUCACUCGGAUCGCCAUCUUCCUGCUCUGUGCACUGGUCCUAGUCAUCCCUCUGUUGCUGAUCUUGGCGUCGUACAUUCGCAUUAUGUCUGCCAUCCUCCAGUUCCCUUCCAACUUAGGCAGGUACAAGGCAUUUUCCACCUGCGCUUCUCACCUCAUUGUUGUCGUGGUCCACUACGGCUGUGCCUCCUUUAUCUACCUAAGGCCUAAGUCCAGCUACCCUUCACGCCAGGAUGCUCUGAUAUCGGUGUCCUACACUAUCCUAACUCCAUUGUUCAACCCAGUUGUCUACAGCUUAAGAAACAAAGAGUUCAAGUCAGCUCUUCAUAGAGUUAUAGAAAGAACAGUUACCCUAAGGCAACGCUAAUGAGUAUUCUGCCUGUUUCAAAUAACUAAGACUAACCGGACACAGAGGGAAAUUCUCCAGAUGGAAAUAAAUGAGCAGUUGAGCAACAUGUCCACAGACAGAGAAUAUUUUCCCCUCACUUCCGAUAUAAAAUUCAGAAACAGUAUCUUGCCUUGAUGACAUGAAAUAUUGCCCACUAAAGAAUGUUACACGAGCCCAUUUCUGUCCUAGGGGGCCAGUGUUGUGGCUAAUCUCGACUGUCGGUUCACAGAGGAGUUAGAAUCAGCUAAGACACAUGCUCCCGGGCAGAUGCGUGAACACAUUUCCAGAAGUGAUUAGCUGAGGGGAGAUCAUCCCUCAGAGUGAACAGAGCCUUUCAGCACGGGGCCCAGAUGUAAAGACGUCUAAGUAAAGGGCUGUUGCUUGCCACCUGCCUUCCCAAGCUGUGUCUAUGGCUGUUAUUUUUGUUGUUGCUGCAGCUGCUGCUGCUGCCACCCUUUGGUGGUCCCAACACACUCA